AUGGAGAUAAAAUUUUUAGAACAUCGCGGAGGUCCAAGGCAACUUUUGAGAUCGGCGAAGCCUACAGUACGCAAAAAGAUAGACAUAAUUCGAGAGAAACACUUGAAGUCAGAGACACUCCAGGAACCCGACACGUUCGCUCCAGAGAUUGAAAAACAGGGAAAACCGCUAAUAGUACCGCUCAAAUCAGAAGACGUCAAAAAGCAGUCCACGUCUGAAAAGUUAGGAGAGACGUCUUUGACAGAAGCAGCGCAGCUAAGUAAGUUGACGCUAACCGAACAUGAUGAGCGAGUUUCGAGAACCAAGAAGCUUGAAGAGCUCAAACAACAGUCACAAGCAUCGAGGCAGCAUUUAGGGAUAAAAAAGCCAGCAGAAGAAUUGAAAGAUACAACAAGGUUGACGCAACUGACCUACACAUCGGAACCAGAGAAGUCGACAGAACUAACCAAAACACGACGGAAGCGCACGGAGCUGGAAGAAAGGCAAUCAGAGGAAUUAGAACAAACUUCGUUGCAAUUGCCAGGAACAGAGCCCUCGAGAGUGGCUAGGGAACGGUUCGAAGCUGGAGAGAAGUCGAUGCCCAUUAAAUCUACACAGACGACGCAAUCCUCACCUUGCAGCAAAGGACGUGCUCGCAGGCAGAUUGUCACAAGCAGAGAGAUUGUAGAGCGGCGUAUCCUCGAACGCGUAUUGACGCAACAAACUCUAGGACAAUCAUGUGUGGAAACGAAAAUCGCAGAAGAACACAUGACAAGAAAGUCUAUGGAAGACCAGAGCACCAAAGCAGUACAGCAACCAUUUACAAAGCCUGAAGAAGCUGAAGCAAUUCUGAGAAAGCCCAUUCCCAAACCUGGCGAGACUGUCCCAGCUGUGGAGAUGCCAACUCCGGGACCUCCGCAAACUCUGGGGCAAUCGGUUGUUGAGAAGGAGAUCAUGGAAAAAAGGGUGACUCAGGAGAUUAUUAAGGAAGAGGGAAUCAAAUCAGCGCAUGGACCAACUCCGAAGCCCGAUAAGGCUGUCGCAGCUGUCCAGGAACCGACUUCCAAACUUCCCCCAAGUCUAGUGAAAGCAGUUACCAAAAAGGAAAUCGUGGAAGAAUCUGUGACUCAGAAGUUCAUUGAUAGGUCAUUUAAAACUGGGUAGAAGAUGUAGGGAAGGCACCGGCGAAGACACCAAACCAGCACAGGGACCGACUCCAAAGACCCCUAAGCCUGUGAGAUAAUGAUUUUAUUGCCUUGUUCAAAUUUUCCUCAAAUCUUUUCACCAAGUUCCCUCUUCUGCAACUCCUUUCAUACACCUCCUUUGCAGACUGAGACCUUGGCAGUUCGUCAAGAGCCGAUUUCGAAACAAGUGAGGCUGCAAUUUGAAUUUCUGCAUGUUCCACCCCAAAUUCUUUGCUUGAUUAACCUUUUCUCUCCCAAACGACCUCUUUUACAGGUUGAAGUCUUACCAGCUGUGCAGGAGCCGACUCCCAAAUCCACAUACAUAUUUGCCAAUGAGGACGCCAACAACUCUCGGAAAAUCGUUGGUUGAGAGAGAAAUCGUGAAAGAACGCGUGACUCGGAAGUACAUUGAAUCAACAACUCUAGGAAAGACAGUGGUGAAGAGAGAAAUUGUGGAAGAACGCGUGACUCGGAAGUACAUUGAAGACGAAGGCAUCAAACCUUCACAGGAGCCUGAAGAAGGAAUUAAAACAGCCCAGGAACCGUCAUCGAAGACUGAACGAAGAGAAGGAAAAGUACUUAUCAAGAGGAAAAUCAUAGAAGAACAAAUAACACGAAAGAUCGUUGAGGAGGAAGUAGCUCCACUAGCGCAAGAACUAACUGCGAAGCCUCCUGAACCAGUAUGGCUUCUGCCCUUUUACAGUGUGGCGGCUCUUUAUGCUGAGCGGGAAUCUGCUCCAGAACCUGCAGAAAUCACCACUGCUUUAAAGGAACCAGGUGCCAAACCUUCAACAACUCUAGGAAAGUCAGUGGUGAAGAAAGAAAUCGUGGAAGAACGCGUGACCCGAAAGUACAUCGAAGACGAAGGCACCAAACCUUCGCAGGAGCCAACUCCCAAGCGUGUAAGAUAAUAUUUUCGUCUUUUCGAAUUCCCCUCUAA